AUGCCCUCGCAGGGAGCGGCGUCGGCCCCCACCCACGUGUGGCUGUUGUGCAACCGCCUGCCUGUGCUGCAGAUGGAGCCGGGAGCAGCCGGGGAGAUGAAGGGGCAACCCCUUGUCCCCACGCUGGACCCAUGCGAGUCGGGCAGCAUCUCCCAUGUGGCCGAGAGCACCAGCACCAGCGCCGAGCUGCCCUCAGAGCCGGCUGUGAGCCGGGAGCUCCCCGGAGCCGCAGCCGCACGGGCAGAGCUGCCCUGGCCCGCCGGCCCCGCCGCCCCCGCGGGCAGCCCGAGCUCAGGCAUCGCGGUGCCACCGGCAACAGAGACAGGGCUGCUCCCAGCUGGGAAUACUGGUGCUGCCCCAACCAGCGUCCCUCCAGCUCCCACCACCAGUUGGGACACGCAGCCUCUGUCCUUCAAGCCAGCGGGGCACACAGUGGGUCCUGCCCUGGGUGCUGUCACCGUGGAGCAGACAACAGUGACAGCACCAAGCACAGAGCCAUUGCUGCCCCAGGAUGAGCACAGCACAGCGACAACAUCCCCCAGCAUGAGCAGGAGCUCUGCUGAGCCAUGUAGUACUGCCAUGCUGCUGGCCCAGGAGGUCACACCGGGGCCAGAUGAGGCCACCUCACCUCUGGCCACAGCUGCCAGCAUCUCUCAGGACAGGGCCAGCCCCAUGAAGAUGGCAGCAGCCACAGCCAGUCCCCCUGACACAGCCACAGAAGGAGCCUUUUCUUCUACUACCACUGGCACCAGCAAGGCUGCAGAGCCACAGACAGGUACCUUACCCAACGCUGACCACAGUGCCUCACAGGACCCUCCUGGGACCCCCACUCAGCUGCCUGCAGCCCUUUUGUCCCAGCUUCCUGGUGAGGCUGUGCUGGGCACAGGGGAGAUGCUUCCCCCCAGCCUCAGCACCACCCUGGGCACUGCUGGACAUGGGCUGCCUGCAGACAACGCCGCCCACCAGCCCCAGGCCACCACACAAGCUGCGGGCACACCGGCCACAGUGAUGGAUGUCACAGCUGGAGAGCACAUCCCAUCUCUGGGAAGCACCACUACUGAGCUGGUGUCCAUCAGGAAUGAGGCCAGUAUCAAAGCCACAGCAGGCACUGCCAUCCCAGAAACCGAGGACACACCAGGGGGGCUCAGCAUCAGUCUGUCCCCCCAUGCAGCUCUCAGAGACCCUGAUGGUCCCUCUCCAAGGCCCUUUCCACAGUCCAUGGGCUCUCUGCUCCCUCAGUCCCUCUCAGCAGGCCUUGGGACCAGCACAGCAGAGGCAGCUGCAGGCAGAUCUCCUUCAGCCACUCCCAGCACGGCCAUGCCUUUGUCCCUCACGGGCACCACUGGAGCAAAGCCAGACAGGGCCCCUCGAGCUGCUGCUGCUGCACCACCAUCUUCCAUCGCUGCGUUUGGCAUCGGGACUGUGCCAGCCACCCAUCCAUCCUCCUCUGUUAGCAACUCUCCAAGUAGUGAAGCAGGGAUGGGAUCAGCAUCACUGGCCAGUGGCAGUGCCACCACAAUGCCGGGGGACACCGAAGCCACCCUGCCUAUGCCUGAUGCACACCCCAGCCACAGCCAGCCAGGGCCCACAGCAGGCUCAGCAACCCCAGGAAUUGGCAUCACACCCAGAUCUGCACUAACCCCAGUGCUCUGGGCUGGGCCCCAGAUUGUGGAAGCUCCAGGGACAGAGAUGCUGUCACCCAACACUGCACCAGGCACUGGCAGAGCUGUAUCAGAUACCCCUGGGGGAUCCAGAGCGGUCACUGUCCCCAUGGCAUCACAAGCGGACGUCUCCCCUCUCCUGGAAGGCAGAGUCAAUGUAGGGAUGGCUCUGGAGGUGUCUCCAACCAGCAUCCCCCAAGAGAUGGCAGCAGUCACGUCCCCACUGUCCCUGACUGCCCCACUGCAAGCAAUGGGGGCUUCAGGUGACCCCCAGCCCAAUGGCAGCACCACAGGGCGAGCAACGAGUAUGGGGUUCCUGGAGGUGAGCACGGAGGAGAGCCCAGGUGCCAGUGCAGCAGGGCCAGCUCCCAGCCACACGAUUGUCACUGCCAGGCCAUCACCAGAGCCACCUGACCCUAAGAACAAGCCCACUGCUGGGACCACCUCGCUGGCUGCUGGCCACACAAAUGUGUGGGAGGCUACAGCUGCACCCCAGACAGGUGGCACAGGUGCCACUACCCAUGUGGACACCACCAGCUCUGAGAGCGGCACCGAGGCUGCAACACCCUCAGCCAGCACCAGCAGCACCCCUGUCCCUGACUCCAACGCCAGUGGCACAAGCCUGGCCACCACGCCGGCCACCACACCAUCCACCAGCACGUUCACCAGCAAUGCUAACCUGCCACCCACCUCCACAGGCUGGGGCACCUUUGUGAGCAGUGUCACCACAGCCAUGCCAUCUGCCACAGCAUGGGCCACCAGCACCAGCAGUGCCCCAUCCCUUGCUGUGACACACAGCGAGACCAGCGGAGGUGGGCUGCCUGUCCCAUCCCCAGCAGCACAAACCCCCGUGUUGGAGACAACUCUUGGACCCUGGGGCGUCCCUGGUCCCAGCACUGCUGCUGCAGUGUCCAGUUCUCCCCUCCCCAGCCUGCACAGCCCAACAGAGGAGGCCACAACAGCCCCCUUGUCCCUGCUGGGUGUUGGUGCAACUGGGGUGGCAGCAGCUGGACAGACUGCCACCAAGUCAGCUACAGACACCACUUCUCCCGCAUCCAUCGGCUACCAGAACAUGGGACAAGCAGCGAACACAUCACCUCCUGCCUUCCAGACAUCUCCAGGGGCACCUGCCUGGAAGGAGAAAACAGCCAUCAGCACAGGCAGCACCACAGCCACUGCUGCAGGGAGCACCAUGGCCAGCACCACAGGCAGCAGCACUGCCACCACUGCCACCACUGCAGGACACAGCACUGCCAACAUUGCCACCCCUGCAGGGAACAGCACUGCCACCACUGCAGGACACAGCACUGCCAACACUGCCACCCCUGCAGGGAACAGCACUGCCACCACUGCAGGGAACAGCACUGCCACCACUGCCACCACUACAGGGAACACCAUGGCCAGCACCACAGGCAGCACCACUGCCACCACUGCAGGGAACACCAUUGCCACCACUGCCUCGACUGCAGGAGGCACCACAGCUAUUGCAUCCAUAGCCCCAGUGAGCCCAGCCAAGGAGGCAGGGAGUCUCCCAGGCACCACGGCACCAGUGACACCACCAGACACCACCAGCCCUGCCACCACCCUGUCUCACACCUUUGGGACACAGAGAGGACCAUCCACCGAACUGAGCACAUCUGCCCACACCACCACUGGGCACAGAACUCCCGCACCUGAGCCCAAACCCACCCAUGAGCUUAUCAAGCCAGCGACUUCACUCUACCCCUUUGGCGUGGAAGCAGGGGAUCAAGAGUAUGUCCGGAGGAUGGUGGAUUUUAACUCACCCCUGUUCAAGCCAGAAAUUGGAUUUCCCUUUGGGAAGUCACUGCGAGAUGUUCUCUAUUUUACAGAUAACGGACAGAUCAUUUUUCCACCCACGGACAACUAUGUCCCAACCAACCCCAACCCCCCUCCCCGGGGCUUCACUGGCCGGGAGAGCUUGCCAAUGGUGGCUGCCUUUUGGGACGAUGCAGACUUCUCCAAGGGUGUUGGCACCACUUGGUACCAGGAGUACUCUACACUCAGCUCUACCCAAGACCCUGUUGUCCAAGAUGUGGAAGCAAAGAUUGAGAAAUACUUAAAAAUCCCCUAUGUAGCAAAAUGGACCUUGAAGGUGACGUGGGAGAAAGCUCCAGCGUACCCAUCCCGGAGGGAUGACACUCAGACGAGCACCUACCAGGCAGUGCUCAGCACCGACGGGAGCCGCUCCUUCGCCCUGCUGCUCUACCAGGACGGGGGGAUGCGCUGGGACUACAGCAGGCUGGCUGCAGCCAACGUGCUCAUCGGCUUCUCCAGUGGCAAUGGCUAUGCCCAAAACAACGAGCUGACUCAGGAGCCACGAGCUGUCAAGUACCGACCAGACCAGCACAGCAGCACCGGCUCUGAUGUGCGUGGGCUGUGGAUUUACAGGCUGGAUAGUCGCUCCCGGGUGAAUUACAGGCUGCAGUGCCUGGCGUGGCUGGACACGGAGCCAGCGCCGGCCACCUGGAACAGCCAGCUGCCACCCUGCCCCUGCUCCCGGCCCCAGGCAGAGCUGGAUCCCCGCUACCGCUGGAGCAGAGGCCCAGCAGACACCUCCGUGAGGAUGCUGCGCACUGCGGCCCCCAGCCCAGCUGGAGCUGGGGUACGGUGUCUGUACCAAGGUGGGAGCUUGCUCGAAGGCUGGCAGGAGAGAGCAUGGAGCCCCCCCUUCCAUGCUGCCACUGACACAGAGCUGGAAGCAUUCGACUGGUGCUGCCGGCGUGUGGGGAAGCCCCUGUUCUGUGCCAGGUUUGCUGAGAAGAGACCGAGGGUUGACUGUGAAGGAUAUGUGCCACCCACCCCUGCUGGUGCCUUUGGGGACCCUCACAUCACCACCCUGGAUGGACUCACCUACACCUUCAAUGGGCUUGGGGACUUUGUCCUGCUGCUGGCCAGUGAUGCCCGGACCAGCCUCGUUUUGCACGGGCGCACAGCACAGACUGGCAUGGCCCACGCCACCAACUUUGUGGCUUUUGCUGCCCAGUACAUCUCCAAGACUACCACAACAGUUGAGUGGACCUUGGGGAGCCAGGAUGACAUCCAAGUACUCCUGAACAACGAAACCAUCCAGUUUUCCUAUUCCCAAGACCUGGGUGACGAGGUGUACUACAGCCCUGGUGUCCUGCUGGUCAACUCCUCCUCUGUCACAGCUGUCCUCGAUGGGAGCAUGGCUGUCUCUGUGUCAGCCACCUCUGGGAUCCUCAGCGUGGUGUGCAGCCUGCCCGACUGGUACCGCAACAGCACCAGCGGCCUCCUGGGUGUGUGGAACCAUGACCCUGCAGAUGACUUCCAGAUGCCAAAUGGUACCAGCAUCCCCGUGAACAGCAGUGAGGAGGAGAUCUACAGCUACGGGAUGACCUGGGCUGUUGGGGAGCACAGCCUGUUCACUCAGCCUCUGGACUCACCAGCACUGAACUUCACACCCUUCUUCUUGUCUCGGCUGCGGCAGGAGAACGAAAGCCAGUACGAGCUGGUGGCCUCUCAGUGUCACGGCAGCAAGGAGUGCAUCUUUGAUUCACUGAGCACAGGGAACCUGGCCCUGGGGCUGGCCACCCAGAGCCUUGCAGCAGACUUCCAGCAGAGGAAGACAGCACUCAAUGCCUUCCCUCCCAUCAUCACCGGUGACGCAUCCAUCACAGCCUUCAGGACACAGAAGGUCACAAGGCAGUACCGUGCCGUGGGGGAGGGUGCACGCUUCAUUCCCCAUCUCUCACCAGAGCUCAACAUAUCGGAGAAUGGCACCCUCAUAUGGGAGCCCCGUGGGACAGCCCCAUUCACCAUCAACCUGGAGGCUGUUGGCUCCAACAACGUCUCUGCACUCCUCCAGCUCCGCUUCACCCUUUGCAGAUGCAGCAGGAGCCGGGACUGUGACUACAGCAACACUGUCACUCUCAGGGAGUCUUCCCUGCAGCUGGCCGCCUGCAGAUGUGAGAGCGGCUACUCAGGUGCCCUCUGCCAGAUCCCUCCGGACCCCUGCUCCCAGGGAUGCUUCCCUGGCGUGGGAUGUGACCCUUCCAGUGGCUGUGGCCCCUGCCCAGCUGGCCUGACGGGGGAUGGAGAGCACUGCUCAGAUAUCGAUGAGUGCACGCAGGGGAUGGAGUGCCCAGAGAACAGCACCUGCACCAACACUGUGGGCAGCUACAUCUGCUCCUGCCUGGCCAGUGAGCAGGGUGAGAGGCCAGGCUGUGGCUCAGCCUGUGGCUACCACUCCUGCCCUGAGGGCUACUGCAGCAACGGGGGACGCUGCCACCUUCACCCCAUCACUUGUGCCCCCACCUGCUCCUGCCCCCCGGCUUUCACCGACCAGCGCUGCCUGGUGGCAGGGGGGGAUUUUCAGCCCCUGCCCAGCUCAGGUCUCCCUCGGAGAAGCAUCCAGAUGAGGAUCAGGACACUGCAAAACGCCACUGCUGAGGAAGUCAACAGCACUGUCUCAGCCAUCCUGGACUCCCUGGAGGUAAAGGCUUUCCAGAGCAACACCAACAUCACCCAGAUGACAGACAGCGAUGGCUUCACCUUCGUGGUGGUGUCCGAGUUCGCCUAUGACAGCCGGGGCACCGUCAUCCGCUUCCUGAACGAGGAGCUGCCCGCGGCCAUCACCGGCGCCUUCAACGGGCGGCGGCGGCGGCGGGAGGCGGGCCCGGGGCUGCUGUUCCAGCGCCUGCACCGCGACAACAUCACCGACCUGGUGAAGCUGACAGUGGAUGAGCUGAAGGACUACUUCCCCUGCUCUCUGUACGGCUACAAAGGCUACCAGCUCCACUACAUGGGGACCAUCGGCUUCACCUGCAUCUCCCCCUGCAAGAUGGGCUUCUGCCAGCACGGUGGCCAAUGCCAGCACCUGCCCGAGGGGCCCAUGUGCAGCUGCCUGCCCUUCUCCAUCUACUCUCCGGCCGGCCCCCGGUGUGAGUGGCUGGCCAUCAGCCUGGCUGCCUUCCUCGGCAUCCUGCUGGGAGCCCUGGCCCUGCUCUGCCUCCUGUUUGCCAUGGCCUGCCUGGCCCUGCGCCUCUGCCGCCAGCGCCGCCGGCACCGCCGGCACCGGGGGGCCAAGGAGACCUUGUGGAGGACACGGCCCUUCUCCUCUUUAACGAUGGCAGGAGAACAAGCAGAGCCCACCCAGUCCCUGGAAAGGCAUUGGAAACUGCAGCUCCAGACCAUUGACCCCUCAGUCCAGAUCAGAAUCCAGAGACCCCACGUUGUGCCUCCCAGCCAGCCCCCCCAGCAGCCCUAACCUGGCACCAGUCCUUUUCUGGCACCUCCAGGCUCACAGGGGAGCCAGACACUGCUGCCUGCUCCGCUGCUCGCUCUCAAGGUCUCCAGCAGCAGCAACGCAUGGAAGCAGGGACAGGCAGCUGCCUUUUGGGUUCUGGGAGGAUUCUGGAGGAGGUGCUUUUUUGAAUGUGUGUUUAUGUUGGGUGACCAAAGCAGGAGGAUUUCACCUUUCCUGAGGACCUGCAGAGACACCUGGGAUCAUCCUUGAACGUGCCUGCCCCAGGGGAAUGUGCUAGU